AUGAGUUCUCCCGAUGGAGUACAAUCGAUCGAGUGCAAUUUGUUCAAGUUUAAUCGAGAAAAUAAGAACGUGAAGCGAAUUGCAACAUCUCAUGACGAUAUCGGUGACAUUUGUUCGCUCGAGACGACGAUCAAUUGUAAACGAACUGUACUUGUGUCAGUUUACAUCUUUCCGAAUACACCAUUUGAAAGAAUUAAAGAAUUUUUCGUCUUAAAUCUAAUGGCAUACAGUCCUAAAUUAAAAGGAAUAUUCGAGGUGCUCAAAAAGUAUAAUAAUCACGAUUUACCCAUGAUUGUUGGCGGAAACUUAAAUUUGGAUUUACGAGGAUCACACGGAACCGAAUUCAUCGAAUUUAUGCGUACCGAACUUGGAUUAGAAUUAAGUAACGAUAUCGCAACCUCUUCUUCACGCAAUUCAACUUGUAUCGACAUUUUAUCGAUACAUCGAGAAGCUUGA